UUUUGAAUAAGCAUGUUGUUUGAAAAUAUUUUUAUCACUUCUAUGUAGUGAGAUCAUUUUUACAGAAUCAGAAUUGCUUAUAGCUCCUGACUGCGACGAAGAAUUUUCAUCGCAUAAAGCUAUUGUCAUUGCCGAGAGCGGAAUAUUCAAGUCUGGAAAACUGCAGCAUAUCUUUGAAAAAUUUUCCCUGCAUGUAUGUAUUUGAUGAAUGUAAUUAUGCAAGUAGACAAUACUGGUUCAAGAUAGGCUUAGAUAGCAUAUCUUCGCUGGGUUUUUUUUUAGCCAGAACUGGUGAUGCCUAUGACGAAAAGUCUUUUUUUAUACUGCUUCCAGUUUGUUUUGACUCAUCGUCUUGCUCCUCUUUGGAAUAAAAUUGAUUCGCACUUUUUAAAAGGAAGAGAUUUUCUCGUAGUUCAAGACAAAAUGUUCGCCAUUGAAGCUGAUAUAAGUUUGACAGACAAGAUAACGUUAGCACUAAAAGCACAUCUUUUAAAACUUCCUGUGACGAAGGUGAAUGAUUUUGGCGUUUCUCCCAAUAUGCUUCAAUUAUUUAAUCAAUGUAAGAACUACGUCAUUCAAGGUUACUCUCUUGAAAAUAAUCGAUGCUUCGUGUUACCAAGUUUGAAAACUGCUUACAUUACCAGUAUCUCACAUCAUCAAUUCGGGGAGAUUGAUUUGAAACAAUACUGGAAGGUUGUGUAUGGAAUAAGAUUACCAGCAACAAACGAAAGUAAUGCGAUAUUUUAUAAUAUACGUUUUCCUACGAGUGAGAAAAUAUUCUCAUAUCCACAAUGGUGCGUAAGACAUAUGCUACCUCAGGCUUCAUCGAGAUGUGAACAAAAAUGUAUAUAUCAAUCAUUCCUUGAAGACAUAAUGACAAGAAUGCCAAGUCUGUGUGGAUCUCCUUUAUCCUUCACAUGCGCCUCUCUUUAUCCCUCUAUGAUCCUACAUAACGCUUCUGUAUCACGACAAACCAAUUUGACAAAGGUCCAUAAAGUGGACAUAGCUAACAAACCACUUGUCCAUAGCAAAAAACGUACUUCAACAUCAGGUACACAUAUGGAUAUUUUUAAAAAACGUACUUCAUCAUCAGGUUGGACCAAAGCAGAAGUAAUCGUUUCAUCUCAACAGAAAGCUCGACUAAUCACGACCGUCAAGAAAACAGAAGAAAUUAAUCAGACUGCAUCUAGUGUGUGGACAAAUUCACUUCACCCUGUAAACACAAACUACGUUCAUAGCUCGAACAACACAGAGGUUAGAAAGCCAUUUAUACCUGUGUUUAACCGACAAAAAUGCAAGUCAAGAAUAAUUUCAAGGAAGGAAGCCUGCAACAAAGGCAACAAUUGUUUAACCAAGGCAAAACCGAUCGUGCCUUGUUUUACCAAUACUAGUUCACAUAAAGGGAAAGAUAUUUUUGCUAUCAAUGCCAUCAGACCUACUGCAAAGAUGGUGAACGAUGAAUCAAGAGAUGCCAAAGAAUUUGAUCCUCUAUAUUCCAAUGACCUUGAUAGUAUGAGACUUAAUCCUCUGGUAUCGUCCAAUACAGUACAUGAAAAGUCUGAAGACGUCUCCCUAACCCCGUUACGUAAAGUUAAAACUGCUAAAGUAAAGAAGAAAAAUAUGAAUGAAGAUUUGGAUGUGCGUAAGAUCGUGGCUGAGAAUAAGUUAUCCAAAGUAAAUGUUCCUACAUUAGUAAGAUGGCUUAAAUUGCAAGGAGUAAAAUGUAAAUGUAAAGAAAAAAAACAAGAUUUGAUCGCGAAAGUUUAUCAACACUUGGAUCUUGUGAGACCAUGAUGUAAGGACAGUUUCUUUCCGUGACAGUGCGCUUAAAACGAGAAAAGAUUACAUCGCGUUUUUCCAGAUGAUGUGCGUGGGAAGAAUUUAAAUUCUAUCGUUUUUUACAGUUCCUUCUGUUCUGAUUGUAUGGUUUGUCUUCCUCCCAGCACGAUAAUCCCUUCGUGAUGACUACGUAUUAAAUUAUUACAGUAUCGCGAUAACGAUAACACUUUCCUAACAGUAACAAUUUUGUUUAUGGAAUAAUGGAAAUGCAUGAAAAGUUUAAUCCUUUAUAAAACAAUGUUCUUGUAUAACAGCAAAGUUGUUGAAUUUUAAAACAUUACUUUUGA